UCACGGGGCUCAGCGUUGGCACUCUGUUCUCUGUCCUGCUCUUCAAACGACGUGUAUGGCCCAUAGUGUUUGGAGCAGGAAUGGGGAUGGGCAUGGCGUGUUCCAACUGCAAACACGACUUCAGUUCACCGUACCUGCUACCUGGACACAUGGUGAAGGAUCAGUAGAUGAGUCCCGUCUCCUGUUCUACUGUGUUUGACAGUUGUCUCCAGGCUCUGUGUGUGUGUGUGACAGAAUCUUUAAUAAAGUUGAAAUAAUGCAAACAGAA